ACAACAACAACAACACAGGGGACACGGGCGGGAAGUCACUGCAGCUUUUCAGCCUUCACAGACCCCCAGCACACAGACGCAGCCAUGCAGGCUCCAGAGAAAGGGAUCUGCUGGAGACUUUUUCUAAUUUCCUGCCUCUUUUUGGAAAGUUCGAGUCAAGAGUUUGGCGCACAGACGCAGUUCAUCUGCACCUCUGUACCAAAGGAUAUGGACAUUUGCGCGGCCACCUUGCAGAACAGCGUGCCAGGAGAGGACCUGAAGACCACGGUGAUGCAGCUGCGGGAGACUGUCUUGCAGCAAAAGGAGACGAUCAUGAACCAAAAGGAGACCAUCAGAGAACUGACUUCAAAGUUGGCUCGGUGCGAGAGCCAGAGCGGCGGCGUGGAGCCCGGGGACGCGCGGCCCGGGGGCAGGAGGAAAGAAACAGGGAGCAAAAACACUAUGGGGGAUGUAUCGAGGGGCCCCGCGGACACUUUGACGCAACUCUCGCAGACUUUACAGUCUCUGAAGCAAAGAUUAGAAAACCUGGAGCAAUUUAGCAGGAGCAACAACUCGGUGCAGGCAAACAGCCUCAAAGACCUGCUCCAGAGUAAAAUCGACGACCUGGAGAAGCAGGUUUUGUCCCGGGUGAACAGCAUCGAAGAGGGGAAGCCCGGGCUCCGGAACGAGACGGAGCAGCGUGGGAGAGUGGAGUCCACGCUCACGUCUCUGCACCAGAGGAUCACCGACCUUGAGAAAGGUCAAAGAGAGAGCAGGCCUCUGGAUAAAUUCCAGCUCACGUUCCCGCUGAGAACCAACUACAUGUACGCCAAAGUGAAGAAGAGUCUGCCAGAGAUGUACGCGCUCACUGUGUGCAUGUGGCUCAAGUCCAAUGCGUCCCCCGGGGUUGGCACGCCUUUCUCAUACGCAGUUCCGGGUCAGGCCAACGAGCUGGUCCUCAUAGAGUGGGGGAACAACCCGAUGGAGAUCCUCAUAAACGACAAAGUCGCGAAGCUGCCUUUCCUCAUCAACGAUGGGAAGUGGCAUCACAUCUGCGUCACCUGGACCACGCGGGACGGGGUUUGGGAAGCUUUCCAAGAUGGCGUCAGAAGGGGGAGUGGAGAGAAUCUGGCUCCUUAUCAUCCAAUCAAACCGCAGGGUCUGCUGAUCCUCGGUCAAGAGCAGGACACGCUGGGAGGAGGAUUCGACGCCACACAAGCCUUCGUAGGAGACCUGGCAAACUUUCACAUCUGGGACCGUAAACUAUCCGUGGGGGAGAUUUACAAUCUAGCGACAUGCAGCAGCAAAGCACAAGUGGGCAACGUGUUCGCCUGGAUGGAGACCAGCCUGGAUAUUUACGGAGGGGCCUCCAAGUGGACAUUCGAAGCUUGUCGUCAGCUCAACUGAAACCUCAGCCGAGAGAGUGUCGACCAGUUCAAGCCACUUCUUUGUCACAGCAUCGGUAAACUAAACGAACGAUCAGGAGUUUUUUCUGGAUUUGUUAUAGAUAUUUGAAAUCGUCAUUUGUCGACACUCGAUAGAUUUGUACCAGAUUCUUAUGCGGGGGGUGAGAGGUCACAUGAAACGGACACUUUGGCAUCCUGCGGUGCUCUCGGGCUGCUCAUGGUUUGGUGUGAAGAAGAAGACGCAGCAGCUGAUGUCGCUCCUGGGAGCAUACGAUGCCCCUCGGAGACCACAAUGACAGGCCGGUGUCCGGAGACCAGAAGGAAGGUCUGGUCAUGUAGAUUUUAGCAAAACCAGAUGUCACACAGUUCAACAAAAUGACCGCAAACGUCUGUUUUGGACUGGACUGCCAGGGAUUUUCACUGUGAAACGUGGGCCGAGGUGGACUUCUUCAAGACGUCAUCAAAAUAGACAGCAUAGUUUCUCUCUCACUCUUCUUUCCCUGCCACCACCCGCUUGAUGUGAUUUUGUGUAAAAGAAUGACGUAUUUAUUGCCAACAUGGGAGCCUGAGUGCCUUGGGCUGUUGAAAAAAAAAUCUCAGCACAUUCAUUUUGAUUUGCAGAGUGUCGGUGUUUAUUUUCCUGUAAAUGACUUUGAAGAGACUGACUGAGGCGGGAUCCGAUUGUUUGUUGUAAAAUGCAAUUCAUUGAUGAGUAUGACGCAUUUUGCAGAUGUUUCAGUGGGAAUGUUUCUCUGUACAGUAACAGCAUGUCUUAACUUCUGUAAAUGCUGCGUCAGCAUCUUUGAUCUUUGCUUUUACUUUCCUACUUUUGGGUUGAGAUUUUAUACUGUAUUGUUAUAUGCUUAAAGCAUGGCAAAACGACAGAUGAAAAAAGUUCUAGUUUUUGUAAUAAAUUGUGAUACUUGAAUCAUA